AUAAGAAAAUCCAUUCAAUCAACUCGAUUUUCAAUAUUUUCUUUUACAUUCUCUUCCUAGACACAUUGCAACUUUGUUUCUGUUCAUUGGGUAUCAAAAUCUUGUUGUUUCUAUUCCUAAAGUACCCGUUUUUUUUUUUAAUGGCUGAAAAAGAGGAGUCAGAGGCAACUGGGGAAGAAACAGAGUUAAAGAAAGAACUGCAAAGGGUGGUGAAGAUGAUUCUUGAAGAAGAUGGUUAUGGAAUUAAGAUUACGAUUGAAGCUAUGAGAAUCUUGUCCCGUUUAGCAGAAUUGAUGUUAAAGAAACAUCUUGGUCUUGGAAUGGACGAUACGGUUUUACUUGAGAAAUUCAAGUGCCCUCUUUCGGGUGAAAUCAUGGGUGAUCCUGUAGUUUUGGCUUCAGGCCAGACUUACGAUAGGCCACACAUUCAGAAGUGGUUGAAGGAAGGUAACCUAACAUGCCCUCUAUUGAAACAAGUGCUCUCCCACUCUAUCCUGACCCCUAACUGCUUGGUUCGGGAAUUGAUUUCACACUGGUGCAAAAAAAGUGGCAUUGCACUACCAAAAUCCUAUCAGGAUAUUGAUGGAGAAACGAUGACUGAGGUAGACCGAAUGCACUUAAACUCAUUGCUUGAAAAGAUGUCUUCUUCCCUUUCUGAUCAGAAGGAAGCUGCUAAAGAGCUUCGGAGACUAACAAAGACAACACCAUCAUAUAGGGCAUCUUUUUGUGUGUUUACUAAAGCCAUCUCUAGAUUGCUCAGUCCACUAUCAGAAACCAAGGUUGAGUCAGAUCCUGAUCUCCAGGAGGAUUUGAUCACUACUGUUUUAAACCUUUCAAUUCAUGACAACAAUAAGAAACCAGUAGCGGAAAAUCCAGUUGUCAUCCCUCUGCUUACUGAAUCUUUGAAGUUUGGAACCAUUGAAACAAGAAGAAAUGCUGCAGCAGCUCUCUUCACAUUAUCAGCACUUGAUUCAAACAAGUUCGUCAUUGGAAAUUCUGGUGCUCUUGCUCCUCUACUUCAACUCUUAUGUGAAGGGCAUCCAUUGGCAAUGAAGGAUGCUGCCUCAGCAAUAUUCAACCUUUGUCUUGUAUAUGAGAAUAAAGCAAAAUUCAAUGAAAUAGGGGCAGUGAAGGUAACCCUGCAGAAGAUCAAGGAUGGCAUACUUGUUGAUGAGCUGUUGAGCAUUCUUGCACUGCUAUCUGCACAUCACAAGGCUAUUGAUGAACUCGGGGAUCUUGAUACCCUGCACUGCUUGCUUCAGAUCAUAAGAGAUAGCAGUUCCGAUGGUACAAAGGAGAACUGUGUUGCAAUCCUGUACAAUGUGUGUUUAAAUGAUCUGACUUUGCUGAUGGUGAUCAGGGCAGAAGAAAUUGAAAAACAUACUCUAGCUGAACUUGCUGAUACAGGGACUAAAAGGGCCAGAAGGAAGGCCAGUGGCAUCAUCGAGAAAAUACAUAAAGCUUUUCCAACCAUGCAUACAACUUGAGGAAAUAAACCCAAAGGGAAGUCAUUUUGUACCUGUAUCCAGUCAUUGUCUAAACAAUAGUUCUGUGUUUUGCAUUGCUUAGGUGGUCCUU